CUACGAACUAUACGUUUGUCAAAAAUUUGAAUUAUAAGCGGAAAUAUUUCAUCGCGUAAUUCAAUCAUUUCUGCGACUGCCAUCAGGCAAAAAGUCAUAUAAGUCCACUUUUCAUGUUCUCGGAAAAAAAUAUGUACGUGAGAUCGGAGCGAACGCGGCAAUUAAAGUGAACGACGAGAGAGGAGCAGUGGCUGCGACGGAUGAAAAGGACAACGCAUGUCGCCGAUUCGUGAGUGAGAGAUGCGAGGAGACGACGAGCAACGUUGGCGCAGCAGCAGCAGGUGGCGGAGCCCUUCCUGGGCUCUACCUACGUGAGCGUCUGAUGCAGCAGGACCAGCGUGAUGGCAGCUCGCCCGCACGAACGCCAGGAACAAAAAGUACAGCAUCUCGCGUUCGUAGUGACAAACGCCGCCCGAGUCAAGGGCUCUGACGACGGGGCAUUGGGAGUCACUACGGGGUUUGCAGUCAAGUGUUAUCUUGGUUGGCGCGUGAAGCGAGCGGGCCGUCGGGCCGCGACGCGUUGACCAACCAGCGCGCGCGCGCGGUAUGGCGGCUAGGGAAAGCAGAGUGGCGGCAGCGAGCCGGCACUCGCUUGCCCCGACUGCUCCCGAACGGACGUGGCUCAACUUCAACUUCACCCGGUGUUCCAGAUACUUAGAAGGAUUUAAGAUGACUGAAAUCUCACGUGAAAUCAGAGAAGUGAAAGACAAAGUUGUUGUCAUCACUGGUGGUACGAGUGGAAUAGGUCUCAGCAUUGCAAAGCAUAUGUUGAAGAAUGGAGCCAAGUACGUAGCUUUGUUCGAAUUGGAUCAUGAAAAUUCCAGAAUUGUUUUCGACGAAUUGCACAAGCAGUAUCACGAUAGAAUCGGAUUUUAUCCUUGCGAUGUCACGAAAACUGACUUAAUUUACAAUAACUUCGAUAAGGUUAUGGAAUCGCACAAAACGAUAGACAUUCUGAUAAACAAUGCUGGAAUCGCAGAUGAUAAUAAGCCUGAACUCUCAGUUGACAUAAAUCUGAAAGCUCUUGUUGUUGCAAGCUACAAGUUCAUAGCUCGUAUAGGAAAGCACAAAGGUGGAAAAGGUGGUGUAAUCGUAAAUAUAGCAUCAAUCGCGGGCAUAGUCAGCGGAUUCUUGCCCGUUUAUUGCGCUACGAAACACGGAGUUGUCGGUUUCACUCGUACUUUGCAGAUGUCAUAUGGUCUUACGGGGGUAAGAGUCUUGGCUAUCUGUCCAAGCUUUACGAAUACUCCUAUUGUAAAACUGACUUUAAAUGACGAUCUAAAAUUUUUGGAACCAGUUCUCAGAUUCAUGUCAGAUGUUUACUUUCAGUCACCUGACAGUGUAGCUAAAGCAGUUAUCGAUGCUAUCAAAUCGAGCGACGGUGAUGCAUCGGUCUGGGCAGUAAAAAGAGACGAACCAGCUUUUCCAAUCGCAGAAAAAGAAGAUUACAAUGAUUACAUUUGAAUUUGUGAUUAUUUUUGGUCGGAAUCCAUCAGAGAUUUUAUUCGAGAGAAAAAGUAAUAUUAUAUACUGUUUUGAAGUAUGAUUUUCAUCUAACUGUCUCUUGUCGAUACGAAAAAUUGUAACAAAAACUUAUGAAUAUGAUUAUAAAAGUUAAAGAAGCUUUAACCUCGA